UUGAAAUGCGUUUUUAUGGCUUCAGUUGGUUGUGUUCUGGUAACAUGUAAGACUUCCAUGUUAGAAGAUAUUUUGAAGCUGUAAUCUGUGACCAACUCUGUUCUUCAGGUGUGUUUGGUGAUGAUGAAGUGAGGUCAGUGUCAGUAAUGGAGGGUGAUUCAGUCACUCUAAACACUAGUCUGACUGAAUUAAUAAAUGAUGAUCUGAUUCAGUGGAGGUUUGGGAUUGAAAUCACUUUAUUGGCUGAAAUCAAUAAAAGGGCCGAUUUAAUCACUGUAUAUGACGAUGCUCAUGGUGGGAGAUUCAGAAACAGACUGAAGCUGAACAAUCAAACUGGAUCUCUGACCAUCACAAACACCAGAACUGAGGAUACUGGACGUUAUUUACUACUGAUAAACCACACGAGCAUAAUUUUCUCUCUCAUUGUCUUCGAACUGAAGUCAGUGUCAGUGAAGGAGGGAAAUUCAGUCACUCUAAACUCUGGUCUUACUGAAAUGAAGGAUGAUGAUGUAAUUCUGUGGACGUUUGGGAUUGAAUUCACUUUAUUGGCUGAAAUCAAUAAAAGGGCAGACAGCAUGACUGUGUAUGAUGAUGUUCUUGAUGGGAGAUUCAGAGACAGACUGAAGCUGAACAAUCAAACUGGAUCUCUGACCAUCACAAACACCACAACUCAACAUGCUGGAGUUUAUGUGCUAUGGAUCAACCAGAUCAGGAUUUAUUUAUUUCUCAUUGUCUAUCAGUUUCACACCUUCACCACCCUUUACACUGAAAUAAAUGGAAUUGCAGGAAUCCCAGCGUCUUUUGCAGUAGCUACUCUGGAUGGACGACAGAUUGAUUAUUAUGACAGUGAGAUGAAGAAGCUGAUUCCCAGACAGGACUGGAUGAAGGAGUUUAUGUCUGGAGACAGAUUUAAAGAAUACGCUGAGAUCAGAGAACGAGUACAGCAGACCAACAAAAUCAACAUUACUGUUCUAAUGCAGCAAUUCAAUCAGACACGUGGUGUUCACACGUAUCAGAGGAUGUAUGGAUGUGAAUGGGAUGAUCAGACUGGAGCUUCACAAGGUUUUGAUCAGUACGGUUAUGAUGGAGAGGAUUAUGUCGCACUAGAUGUGAAGGCGCUCAGAUACAUCACACCUGUACCACAGGGAGUAAUAACAACAGAGAAGUGGAAUAAUGACACAGCCCAGCUUGAAUUAUUCAGACAAUAUUACCAACGUGAUUGUGUUCCCUGGUUAAAACAUUUCUUGACAUUAAGAAAAGUGGAUUUAGAGACAAGAGCUCCUGUAGUGUCUCUGUUACAGAGGCAUCCCUCAUCUCCUGUAGUGUGUCAUGCCACAGGUUUUUACCCACCAGGACUAACUAUCACCUGGUUAAAAAAUGGACAGGAUCAUGAUGAGGAUGUGGAUGUUGGAGAGCUACUACCAAAUGAAGAUGGGACCUUUCAGAAGACUUCUACCCUCAGUAUUACACCAGAAGUGUGGGAGAAGAACCAGUUUGAUUGUAUGGUAGAGCACGAGGGAAAGACCUUCCGGAAGACUGCGGAUGAAAUCAAGAAAGCUGUCCACUGUUGCGGUUUUACUGAAGCUGUGAUCCGAUUGGUCCUCUCUGCUCUGGUGGGCGUGGCUACUGUCAUUCUUCUGGUUUAUGGCAUCAGAUCCAGCUAAACAAGAUCUAGCACAUAUUUCCAAAUCAGGUACAUGCCUGAUGUCAUUUCUUAACAGUUUUUUUAUACAUGCAUGUCAUUUAAAAGGGCUAGUUCACACAAAAAUGAAAAUUAGCCCAUGUUUUACUCACCCUCAAGGUAUACUAGGUGAAUAUGAC